UGUCGCAACGGCCGACUCGACCUUCACGAUACCAUUCACUCCAUAUAGAGACCAAGAUCGACUCCUCUGCUUCCUCCGGCGAUUUCCGCAUCCUCCGACCAGCUCAAUCGUCCUAAAACCCGCAGUGUUCGCGUAUGUCGGCAAAUCUCCUACUUCUGAAACCCCACUGCAUAAUUCCCUCUGUUUGGUGUCUGCCGCAACAACAGUCGCAUAACCUCGUCGCUUGGCCAUUUUCAAGCAUCGAGUCUAGAAUGCUAUGCGCAUGAUUUUCUUGCUGCUCUGGACGGGUUACCGUCCAGAGUCGUAGUAACAUCGAAUAUGCCGAUCAUGACAGUCUCAUCGCUUACCUGUUUAUUCGCUCUUCAGAUUGCCACUCUUCUCGCUGACGUAGCUUGUAGUUAUCAUACUCAAUCAGACACUAUUCAAUCUUUCGCACGAAUGCCACCUCCAAGCUCGACGACUUGACCAAUCAAUACAUGAAUCCGGGAUUCGGUGAAGGUGAUGCGCCAUACGGUGCAUCUGCUGAGCGGUGGAACAUGAGCACAUCUAGGAAAGGUUCUGUGAAGGCCGCAAGAGAACGUCUGCAGGUUGCACAGAACAAUCAGCGACAGGGAAUGUUGUCGGCCGGAAGGUCACAAGGGACAUACCCAGCACCAAACCAGCUUGUCUCGCAAUUCCAAGCACGUCCACGAAAUGAUCAUGCUCCAAUGACUAGCAGUCUAGGCAUGUCAAAUGUACAGCCUCACCCGCAGUGGACUCUGGAGGAAGACAGUCACGAUCAAUAUGUCCAUGGCCAACAAGCACAGAGGAAAGAACCACCACCACGCCCGCCUCGACCGAGUUAUGUUCCUUCCAUUCUCGACCCAACUCACUACACCACAGCUUCAACGUACGGACAGCCGCUUCAUGACUCCAUGCAAACACCUAUAGAGCCAUAUCAAGCUCAGCCGCAAUACUACGAAUACGGUCACAGCGAUCCCCAGCCCGAUUGGUCUCCUGAACACUAUCUUUCUCCCAACUAUCAUUCCCACCGCAAUUCCGACCGACCCAUGACACUAAUGUCACAAAGCACAGCUUCAUCUCUAGGCGAAAUUCCCGACUUCCCAAUCGUCCCCAAUCCGCACCAGCAGAAGAAGUCUCCCUUAGUCGGGCCCCCUCCUUCCGCACGACGAGGUCCAUCCUCGUACUACUCGCAAAUGUCAUUCGUGUCUCCAAUCGUCGAAGAGUCGGAGGGAACAAAAUCACACAACUCUUUUGCUUCCAGCAAUGUCUUCUCUCCCGAGCAGCAUGCCUCCUACGAUGACGGUGAGAGGUCAGUUACAGACGAUAAGGAUCUUGAAAAGGAUCCCAACUACGCUCUGGCAGGCGCAGGUCCUCAAGGAAGUAACCGAGGACCAGUUAGAAAAGCGAGUCUGGGACGUCGCGAAAAGCCUAUGUUGACGACAAUCAGAUCAGGAGACACGCUACGCGACGAAGCAGUCGAGCAAGGCAUAUCAAGCAAGACAAAAGGAGCUAUUGCUCAAGCUGCUGUUGCAGCAGGUGCCGCUGGCGGUGCCUUUGCUGCUGGGUUCGGCUCAAGGCAUGGCUCAAAGAGCAAUUCGCGAGUAAACAGUCCCGGUGGCAGUCGAUCAGAGCUCAGCAGUGGGACAGGACUUCUCGAAGACUCGUCGUCGGAUUCGGAGUCUUUGAUAUCUCCCAUCCAGGGAGUUGCUGCUGGACGGCCAAACAUCUCUCGAUCCCGCUCGCCUCUGGCCAUCUCAGUCCUUGACUCGGAUUCUGAUGCUCCGACCGGGAGAGGACAAUCUUCCAACCGACCGAUCCGCCAGGCAUCCUUUGCAGAUCGCGCCAGGACCAGACGACCUCCGAAGCUGAACAUGGAUGCUGUUCGUGAUGCAGAAGCUCGAGGCAGUCUGACAAGUCUACCUGAUCUCAUUCGACGGGCAACUCGUCUGGCCGCAAAUCUAGACCGUGGCAAAACAGCUAGCCGUCUCGGGUUGGAUGUUUUCGCAGAUGGCACCUACAACGGGCACCAUCGCGGGUCGGGCUCUUUGUCUGACAUGCUCGCUUCAUUCCCCCCGCCGGCAUUAGGGACACCCGAUCAAGGAUCGUUCAGCCGCGAACGUGGCUCCAGAUGGCCGCCCCGGCAUUUCGACCAGAUCUCUACUUAUCACGACGAGAAGUCUCCAGACCGGAAGAAGCAAGGACGUCGAUGCUGCGGAAUGCCUCUCUGGGUGUUUAUUGUCGUGAUGCUAAUACUAUUCCUGCUGAUCGCAGCAGCUGUGGUUGUUCCAGUCGUCCUCAUCGUUCUGCCACGCCAAAGGGACUCCUCGCAAGCCUCAGUCGCGUCUCAAUGCAACACUAGCUUCAGCUGUUCCAACAAUGGUGUCGUAAUUACCACACCUCAGGGCUCUUGCAGCUGCCUUUGCAAGGAUGGCUUCACAGGCGAGCGCUGUACGACUGCAUCCGAUGCAUCGUGUACUACGAUGAGCAUUCCGGGUGUGGAUUCUGCGACUUUAGGCAACGUCAUACCUCGCCUUCUGAACGACGCCAAUCAGAAUUUCAGCAUUCCCCUUGACGCUGCUCAGGUUGUCGCCCAGCUCAACGCUGCUGAUCUGAGUUGCAGAGCUGAAAAUUCUCUCGUCAACUUUGGUACUGGAUCAAGCCGCCGCCGGUCUCUGGACUACAUUUCUCAGCCCAUCCUUCCACGCCAGGAAUCAUCCGCAGCUUCCACAGCAGUUCCGACUUCAACACCUUCCGCUACUCCCACCCCCUCAUCCACGUCGACACCGAAACCGACGCCUUCUGGUGCUGACUCCGUUACUUAUACCCUUGACUUUGCCCGCGUAUCUGUUCUCUUCAUUCUCCAAAUCAGCACCAGCGUCGACACUGCCUCGGAGGCGCAAUCAAGCAUCAAAGAUGCACUGUCCAACGUUCCCCGAGAGACAUUGAAUCACAUAUCUGUAAAAAACUUCACAAUCAACCUAGCCGACUACCACAUUACCGUACCCAACGGCACUACCUAUGGAAACCAAUAGACGUCAUAUUUUCAGAGCAACACUAGCACCUCACACAUACGACUGAGUAGACAUGCAUAGCCCUGCGCCAAGGAUCGACCCUAAUGACACGAAGAGCGCACGUCAUUUUUUCGGCGCAUAUCAUCACUUCGCUUCGUGCGUCUUUGUUUUUUUGUCGCAUUUUCAGCGUCAUGUAACGUACCCUUUCUUGUAAAUCUCCCUAGAGCAGGCUUUUUUUUCGUUCCGGUCGCGUAUCGGGUGGCAUUUUCCGGACACCUCUCGAUGAUCUGCGUUUGCUGCAUUAGACGCAUGGCACUUUGCUUGACAUAUCUUCGUCACUUGAAUUGUGACUGCAUGGAGGC